CGGCGGCUCCAGCCGGGAGGACGACGUGGAGCGGCCACGUGGAGCAGCCCGGGGGAGGGCCCGGCGGCGGGGAGCCGAGGUGCGGCUGGUGGCGCAGCAGCCUCGGGCGACCACGAAGCCAGACCCCCAGCUCCGCGGCGUCGCCGCAGCAGGAAGGAUGCUACCUUUGCUGAUGAGAGUGUUAGUGGUGCCACUGCUGCUGCUGUCCCUGGGUCAGGCUGCUCCCAAGGAUGGAGCCACAAGGCCCAAGCCUGAAGUGGUGCAGCAGGCCCUACCCAACCCCUUCCUGCCCGGCGAGGAGCAGCUCCGUCUUCUGCAGAGCUACCUGAAGGGACUAGAGAGAAUGGAAGAGGAGCCGGAGCACAUGAGCCGGGAGCAGGUUCUCCUCUACCUCUUUGCCCUCCACGACUAUGACCAGAGUGGACAGCUGGAUGGCCUGGAGCUGUUGUCCAUGUUGACAGCAGCUCUGGCCCCUGGAGCUGCUGACUCUCCUCUCACCAACCCAGUGAUCCUGGUGGUGGACAAGGUGCUUGAGACCCAGGACAUGAAUGGGGAUGGGCUCAUGACUCCUGCAGAAUUCAUCAACUUCCCAGGACAGUCCCUCAAAGAGCCCUUUGACUCUGCUCCCCAGGAGCCACAUGCUACUGGAAGGCAGCCCCUGUUACCUAAAGGCCCAUUAGAACAAGAAGGGCCAGAAGCCCUGAGUCUCAGAGAAGCUGGGGAACAGGUAGAGGCCAGAAGGGAGUCCUUGGAGCCUGUACAAGAGACUGAGGGACCAGCGAAGGCUGAAGCAGAAGCCCCAGGUCUUGGAGGGGAGGCGGAGGGACAUGCAGAGGCUGAAGGAGAAGCCCCAGGUCCUGGAGGGGAGGCUGGGGGACAGCCAGAGCCUGAAGCAGAAGGCCCAGGUCCUGGAGGGGAGGCUGGGGGACAGGCAGAGGCCAGGGACACUGCAGAGGAAGAAGUGCUUGCAGGGGAAACACUGAAGUCUAAGAACACCCCACAGGAGUUUGAGGUCCAUAGCAUCCAGCUAGAGAAUGAUGAAAUAUAAACCCUGAGAGUUCAGGCUUGCACCCUUAGAAGUCUCAGGGCCAGAACGCGAGCUGCAAAGGGUGCAGGGUGUGGUGGGAUGAGGGUGCCCCUGUGUCCCCUUCCUGGCCUCAGCAGGGUAGCAGGUCUUUCUGUUCAGCUCAGGGAGACCCUAAGUUGGGGGACAGUUUUUAGGGCCCAGAUUACCAAUAAAGAACUGAAUGAAUUUGCCCCCCUGGGCCGUCUAUCCAAGGGCCCAGCCUCCACAGACCCCACAGGGGCACAUGGGGGUAGGGCCUGGACAGGUCUCUUGAAGGGGCCAGGAUUCAGUCUUCCUAGUAUUCCUGGAAGCUGGCAGUGCUGAGACCCAGCAAAGUCCAUGGGGCCAGGCCACAGCCAGCUGCAGACAGUCACAUGAGGACAGCUCAUUCCAUGCCUGGGGCCAACACUCUCCUCUUCCCUCCUCCCCUGAUGCCCACUCCCAGUGCCCUCCCAUACCUCAGGGCAGACUUCCCACCACCCUGUAUGUGCCCCCCACCCCAGUAUAUUAAUAACUAUCAUUUAUUGACAGAUUAGUUUGUACCAGGUGUCAUGCUGGGCAUUUUAUGUAUUACGUGAUUCUUUCCUCACAAUAAUUCUGUGAGCCAGGUAGAAUUAUUAGCUCCAUAUGACAGAUGAGGAAACUGACAUUGAUCGAGUUAAGCAACUUAUCUAUACACCUAAUUAAGUGGCAUAUUUGAAUUCAGAUCUUUCUGACCCCAAAGCCCCAUGCUCUUUAUCACAUUACAUGGUCCCAGCCGCCCUGACCCAGCUGCCAUAUUGGAGUUGGCCCCCAAUUCCAAUUGGCCCUCCUCUGGAGCUGCUCUCCCUGACAGCCCGCAGCACUCCAUAUCCCUGGUCACAUCUAGGGCUAAGGCACCGCCUUCACUACAAGGCA